AUGGAAGCUCCCGCUACGGGUGAUUCUAUGGAGAUGGCCUCGCCCUACCAAGGGCCGGCUGACGAUUUCGAUAUCGACAUCGACCUCAUGGAGGACCAUGUCUCGAACAUGGAUAGCGAUAUGAUGGGCGCAGAGGAAUUUACAAAUACUUCUCAGCCUACUGAACUCAACAAUGAUGCGAUCUACGAUGCCGACAUGGCCGAUGAACCCUCCGAAGGGUCGAUGAUCGACGCUGACAACUACGCCGAUGAAGACAACGAUAUUGACGUGCAAUUUGAGGAAGAGCCAUAUGAGGAAGAAAUGAUUGAAGCCGAUCAGGUGGAGGAUGUUAAUAUUGCCACCCCUAUCAUUCAUCUUGAACCUGCCGGCCGCAAUGAAGAUGCUGCCAGCCCCAUUAAGGAGGAUAUCACAGUCACAUCCGUGGAACUUCUCGAAGCAGCACCUCAAGAAUUAAGCGACUCUGCGGGACUUGCCCCAGUUUCAGACAAAGCCCAGGUUUCUGAAGUUGAAGGCCAAGACACCCAGACCCACCUGAGCACGGCUGUUGAUGACCUUACUGAGGAACCAUCCGGAAAUGCCAUCAGUACCGAAACCCGCGGCCAUAAUGAAAAGGCAGAGCUUGGUGAAGAGGCUAACGAGACAUCAAAGUCUCCUUUGACAGAGGCUGAGGUAACGCAAGUUCCCAACGAAGACCCGGAGACCAGCCAAAUCAAACCUUCCGCCGAAUAUUCCCACGAUGACGCUGCGCACCCAGAGGCGCAGCCUGUGUCUGAGGAAAAUCACCAGGUUGCAGAUGAAGAACACUCGCCCCAACAGGUCACAUACAUGGAUGAACCUCUUCAUCCCGUCAAAAUUCUCUACCAGGAUUGCGAGAUCGCCCUGUUUCCUCCCCUCGAGGGAGACUCGUCGGAUACAUUCUUCAUUGAAGAUGAAGCUUUAGCUUACGACAACGUUGAUCAAAUCUUCAAGGCUCUACGCCAGGUGCUUCAAAAAACCAUGGCAGGCAAUGAGGUUUUGGUCAUCGAUAUUGACACUCUCGGUAUCCAAAUAACAGAGGACUCGAUCCAUACAUCCCAGGUAACCUUGCAUCAGAUUCUAGAUCUUUACCUCAGACUUUGUCGUAACGAUGGCACUACCGAUCCCGAAGCCCUCUACCUUACACUGAGCACCAAGCGUGCGUUCCCGGCCGAGAUCGCAGAUCUCAAUGACGCUGCAAUGGAAGGCAAGAAACUUUCUGAACUUCAUUCCGAACUUCAAUCUUGGGAUGAAUAUGAUGAAGGCGAGCCAGGUUCCGAGGGGGAUCUUGUUGCUCAUGGGGCUGAGGAGCAUGAAGAUGAACUCUACUACACCAAUGAGGCCCAAAAAGAGCUAUCAACUACGGAAGUGCAAACGGCUCCAGCACCUGGAGAAGAUCAGGCGUUAGAUGGCGAACAUCCUCAGGUCCAGCCCGAAGCUGUCUCUGGUGCUCAAUCAGAGAUUGUGCAUGCGCAGGACGAGGAUAGAUCUACCUCCAGGGAGCGGAGUGCCGAGGCCGCACGUGAGCCUGAAUCUCAUCCAGCCCAGCCCGAGAACACAGAGCCAGAUCACCUUGAUGUGUCUCGCCAUCUCGAAACAGACCAAGAUCAGGAAUACGAUCAUGGCGAUGGCGAUGUCAACGAAGAGAACUAUGAUUCCGAGGGCCGGCAGAGUGAUUCUACUGCCACGUUAGCUGCACUGCCUGGCGCAAGCGAGAUUCAAGAGCAUACCGAGCAUGCCCCUUUGGACGUUUCUGUGAACGCCGUCACAGAUGAAAACGACAAUGAUCACUAUUACGGAGAGAAUGCCGAGAACGAUGAUCUGGGAGAUGACGAAUAUUAUGAGGAUGACCCGGUCGAAGAUUUAGAGGCUUUCCAAAAUGAUAUCACUGGCAGUGAAAAUGCUGAUGAUGCUCAAGAACCAGCCGAUCAGGCGCCUGUCUUUGAUGAAGAGGACACAGAUGAGUUAGAUGCCCCGCCGACAGACGAAGUUGUCUCGGAAACUACCUUGCGUGAUGAAUCCAAGCACUUUUCCCAUGACCAGCCGGCACCGCCCCUUGACAGCGGCUUGCAUGACACCUCUGACAAGAAGGAGAAAACACCAGAGCCUGCAGAUGAUUUACUUGGAAUCGCUGUAGACCUGAUGCAGACUCCCCCGAGAGAUACAGAGAACGAUGCCCUUGAUCACUUUGAGGGCAUAGACUACGACGAGCCAGAGGAUGAACUGGAUGCCCCUGUUGCAGCUGAUGAUGGGGGUGCCAAUCACGAGUUUGACGAGAACCAUUUUGGCGACUAUGACACCCAUUUUGAAGAGUCGGAGGCUGUAGAGUUGGUUGGAACAGAUCCUUCCUCGACAGACGCCGAAACCCACCCGAACUCGUCUUCUAAACGGUCCCGCGAAGAUGAAGAUGACUGGGACUUGGUGGAAAGCACCAUUGACACCAAACGUCGCCGCUCUUCGUAA